AUGACGUCACCGAAGCCAACCACAAAACCCGGCCUUAGCAGAGAGAAGCUGCCCGAGAGUACCGUGGCAGGUUCCACAGAAUCGGCUUCACUUAACAAUGACUCGGAAGUGAAGAUCGGGAGCGGUCAGGAACCACUGGCAAGUAUAAUCAAACCGGCCCCAGAGGCAGUCGAUCGCAGUGACUUCCGCCAUCCAGGCCUGCCUCCCCUUUGGGGCGGCACUGGUGACAUGAUCCGUCCUUUGAUGUUAUCAUCAAUCACUGCAAAUCCCUAUUGGCCGUUUGGUCACCUCUCCAAGCUCGACCAGAUGACCGCAGCAGCUGCGGUGUUGCGUCAACUCAUGCUACCCCCUGAGCCCAGAAAAUCGACCGCCCAAGCCAACACGACUUCAUUCCCUGCCUUUUCUGUCCCAGGGACACGUCAGGCUGUUCCCGCCCCCUCCUCUUCUUCAUCUGCCACUUGCUCAUGCUCCUCCUCUUCCUUCUCCACUUCUGAUCUAGUCUCACCUCCUUCAGAGGUUCCACUCUCCGCGUCCCAUUUCCCGCCUUGCGAUAUGUCCCUUCCAAAGAUGUGUUCAACGGCAAGCAACAGCAACAACAACAACCUACCUCUGCAUCCCGCCCCUCCAAAGACACAGCCUCCCCCUUGUUCAUCUCCCCCGUCAACUUUCAUUCCCUCGAGUGGCAUUCCAGCGUCCACCCUCUCCGCCUGGUACGCUGCUAGUCAGAUGUCCUGUCCCCCUCCCAAAUUCCACACAACCAAUGUUACAGAUCCCAGAAUGCAGACUUAUUCAGAUCUGAUAGCACUGCCUAGCGAACCCGGCCACACAGCCGAUGAGAAACAGCCCCUGGUGACCUGCUCUGGAGCAGGAUCAUCUCCAGUUCUACCGGCCAACAACAUUUUCCGUUCCAUCCUUUCUGCAGCUUCAGCCAUCUCAGCUAAUAAUCUGUCCCCUACACGAGAGGCCGACUUUCAUAAGGCAGCGGCGGCAGCAGCUGCUGCGGCCGCUGCAGCAGCAGCAGCCUGUUGUCCAAGCCACCAGCCCCAUUUGCCAGGAAACCUCCAGGGACCCCCGGAGCUGGCCGGUGGCCUUGAGAGCUUUACAGAUAGGCGCCAACUCCCGGGAGCAGAGACAGCCGCUGUUGCCAGCGAGGAGAAGUUGCCCUUCACAGCCGGUUUCGGUAACGCUUCGCAUACCCCCUCCACUUCCUCCUUCACUGCUAUGAUGGCAGCGGCCGCAGUGGCAAUGGCGGGUCUUUGCCGAGGUGGCAGCGGCGGCAGCGGCGGUGGUAUGCCCCCCAACAGCCUUCCAGCCUUCCCCAGCCUACCCUACGAUGUCCAUCCGGGCAGAAUUGCGGCGGACGCAGAUAUUGGGAGCUACGUAGCGUCUAAAUUAUCCCAGAACUUUGCGGGAGAGCAGGUCGAAAAGAAUGGCGGCUCUGUAGGGGAUGCGGCUCUGAGACUGGACAUCCUGACGGCUGGACGCGAGAUGUCACCGGAGGAGUACAUGAUGGAGGACGAGGAGACUGACCUCGACCCCGAGGCUUUUGAUGAAAUGACCGGAUCAGAGGGCCUGGAACGCUCAGUGGUGACGGCAAGAGGAGAGGAGGAGGACGAACUUCUGCUGAUGCGGCCGCCCAGUGAUGGUGCGGACCCCAGUUCAGUGUUAGCUGGCAACUGUGGGCGUUCCUCAUCAAACCGGCGCAGGGUCAGCAGGAAGCGCGCCUUGCUGUCUUCAGAAAAUCGGACCAGCCGUGAGGCUGAAUCCAACGGAUACCAUGGCGGGGGAAAGAUUCGUGACUCUAAACGUAGGUUACCCAACUCUUCUGCAUCAAAUUGCACAUUUAAAACACAUUGUUUCCUAUUUAUACCUCGUCAGCUUAGAUUUAACUGA